GAUCUCGCGUACCUCUUCUUUCGUGCUCCUUCCCUCCCUUCUUCCCCUCUUUCUCUCUCCUCUCUCACGUCUUUUUGCCAUUUUUUUCAACCUCCAAAUUCAAACCUUAAACCUUUGUUCUUCAUCAAAUUCCUGUUUUCAAACGAUCAAAUUUCCGUAAUUUCUUCACAAAUCUGUCUAAUUUCUCGAUAAUUCACGAGCAGAAAAUUUCUGAAUUCCUGGGGAAAAAAAUUGUUUGAACAGAAAAACAUUUCCAUUUAAUCAAUUGAAUGCUGAUGGAUUAAGACAAUUUCGUACUUCGAUAUGCUACUUUUGGUGUUUUGUAGCAGCGAUCAAUCGAUUUUUUGACGAUUGGAAAUAAUUUUCGCCGAUUUUUGGUGGAAAUUUUGAUUAUUUGUUGUUAAUUUUGGUGGAAGUGAGUGAUGUCAUCAUCAUCUAAGGUGGUGUAUGAAGGAUGGAUGGUUCGAAUUGGGAGGAGGAAAAUCGGUCGAUCUUUUAUUCAUAUGAGAUAUUUUGUGCUCGAGCCUCGUCUUCUUGCUUAUUAUAAGAAAAAACCCCAAGACAAUCAGGUACCUGUCAAGACACUUGUUAUUGACGGCAAUUGUAGAGUGGAGGACCGAGGCUUGAAGACCCAUAAUGGACAUAUGGUUUAUGUCUUAUCCGUCUACAACAAGAAGGACAAGUAUCACCGGAUUACGUGUCCUUCAAUUGUCUCGAUGCUACAAAAAAAUUUAUUGGAAAGCUUAACCCGAUGUGUCUUCGUGGUAAAGAUGGCAGCAUUCAACAUCCAGGAAGCUUUAAUCUGGAAAGAGAAGAUUGAGCAACUCAUUGACCAGCACCAGGAGUCACAAGUUGGUAAUGGCAAUAAGUACAUAUCUUUUGAGUAUAAAGCGGGUUCUGAUUCCAUGAGAAAUGCUUCUUCCUCGGAUCACGAAAGUCAGCAUAGUGCCCAGGAAGAUGAGGAGAAUGGUUCUAAUUUAUUGAGGAGAACGACAAUUGGGAAUGGACCUCCAGAGGCUAUAUUGGACUGGACCCGUGAAAUUGACUCGGAUCUAUCCCAAAGUGCUAAUACUCAAGUCUUUUCUCGGAAGCAUUGGCGUCUUCUUCAAUGUCAAAAUGGGCUUCGUAUUUUUGAAGAGCUUUCUGAAGUUGAUUACCUUCCGAGGAGUUGCAGCAGAGCAAUGAGGGCUGUAGGAGUUGUUGAUGCUACUUGUGAAGAUAUAUUUGAACUUAUAAUGAGUAUGGAUGGGACAAGAUUUGAAUGGGAUUGCUCUUUCCAGUAUGGUAGUUUAGUUGAGGAGGUGGAUGGACAUACUGCUAUUAUAUAUCACAGACUUCAGCUUGACUGGUUUUCUAUGUUUGUAUGGCCUCGUGACCUCUGCUAUGUACGUUAUUGGCGACGUAAUGAUGAUGGAAGUUAUGUUGUGUUGUUCCGCUCGAGGGUGCAUGAGAACUGUGGUCCUCAGCCAGGAUUUGUGCGAGCCCAUCUUGAAAGCGGUGGGUUCAACAUUUCUCCUCUAAAAUCACGAAAUGGGAGGCCCAGAUCACAAGUGCAGCACCUUAUGCAAGUUGAUCUGAAAGGAUGGGGUGUGGGCUAUGUCUCAUCAUUUCAGCAGCACUGCCUCCUUCAAGUGUUGAACAGUGUUGCUGGGUUGCGUGAAUACUUUUCUCAAACUGAUGAAAGGAUUGCUACCCCCAGAAUUCCAGUUAUGGUCAACAUGACCUCAGCAUCUAUGCCUUCACGAAAGAACCAAAAGUUUCAGGAUCCAUCCAUUCAUCCUUGUUCUCCUGAUCGGAAUAUUGUUCCGAAUAGAAACUCUGUCAUGAUGGAUGAAGACUCUGAUGAAGAUGAGGAUUAUCAAAUACCCGAGGCAGAGCAAGAGGGUUACCGCUCUCCGCCUGAGAAUGAAGUCAAGAUAACCGCUGUUGAAGAACCAACCGAUCAGAUUGAUUCAACUAUGUUCUCGGGAACUUUGCGACGAGACGACAAUGAAAAUGCUCGCAAUUGCUGGAGAAUAUCUGAUGGAAAUAACUUCAAGGUUCGCAGCAAAAAAUUCUGUCGUGACAAGUCAAAGGUUCCAGCAGGGAAACCUUUAAUGGAUCUUGUUGCUGUUGAUUGGUUCAAGAAUUCAAGUCGGAUGGACCAUGUUGCUAGACGUCCAGGCUGUGCAGCACAGGUUGCUGCAGAUAAAGGAAUGUUUUCUAUAGUUAUUAAUUUUCAAGUACCUGGUUCAACUCACUAUAGUAUGGUGUUCUAUUUUGUGACAACAAAAUUAAUACCGGGAUCACUUCUGCAACGUUUUGUGGAUGGUGAUGAUGAGUUCCGUAAUAGUCGGCUGAAGCUCAUCCCUUCAGUUCCCAAGGGCUCUUGGAUUGUUCGUCAGAGUGUUGGAAGCACUCCUUGUUUGCUAGGAAAAGCAGUUGACUGUAACUAUAUCCGAGGGCCUGACUACUUAGAGGUUGAUGUUGAUAUUGGCUCUUCAACAGUUGCCAAUGGAGUUUUGGGUCUUGUGAUUGGGGUGAUUACGACAUUGGUGGUUGAUAAGGCUUUCCUUGUACAGGCAAAUGCUGAAGAAGAGUUACCAGAAAGGUUAAUUGGUGCCGUCCGUGUAUCCCAUAUCGAGUUAUCUUCAGCAGUUGUGCCAGUAUUACCAGAUUCACCUGCUGAAUGAGCACAUAGAUACAUCUGGUUGGUGCCCAUGUGCAUAUAUUCAUCUCUUUCCUUUAACCUGAUCAUAUCAUAUUCAUUCCUGAUGUAAAACAAUUUACCAAGAUUUUACAUCACCUGGAUUAGAUGAAGGAACGAACCACCGAAGCAGAUACAUAUUGUAUAUUUUUGGAGCAAGAUGACAGCAACAUGAGCUAAAUAUCUAUUGGUGUUAGCUCAAUAUUCAGCACAGCCUCCUGAAUAUGUUGAGGUUGUACAAGUUUUUGUUAAUCAACAUGGCAGUAGAUCGAUCUGUAACAUUUGUUAUAUUCAUUUGAUUUCUCUGUAUUAUUCAGUUACAAGUAGUAUGUAGAGUACCACAUUGAGGUCUAUAGUGGAUAUCUUUUCGUUAAGUACAUAGUAUAGACUAUAGACAUGUUCUGCAAUUAUGCUAGUAAAAUUGGUAGAUCUUGAGCAA